AUGAUGAUGAUGAUGAUGAUGAUUAAGGGAGGUUGGUGCUACCUGGGCCUGGCUAAGGAAUGCUUGCUUUGUCUUGUCGCCGCGUGUCUUAAAGUUGCCUUGGGCUCUGCCUUCAUUAAAAGAUAGAGCAAGCAGUUGCCUUUUCAACACUCGAACAAACAGAGUUGCUCCAGCUUGAUUUCCAUUCUAUGUACACUUCUAUCUCUUUCUACAAGUUAGUGUCAACACCAGAUAAACGUAAAUGGAGGACCACCAUCCACCACCGAAACGAGUGGUGGUUUGCGGCGGCGGAGUCAUCGGAGUCUGCACCGCCUACUUCCUAUCCAAAAAAGGUGUCGCCGUAACCCUUGUCGAAAAAUCAUCCAUUGCCUGCGCUGCCUCGGGUAAAGCCGCUGGAUUCCUCGCCCUCGAUUGGUGUGACGGUGGUCCACUCUCGAAACUCGCUCGUGCCAGCUUCAAUCUCCAUCGUUCGCUUUCCCAAGAACUCAACGGCCCACAAUCAUACGGCUACCGUCCCCUCACCACUCUCAGCCUCUCCAUCACCGAGUCGUCUUCUUCAUCAUCCUCCCAAGAGCCCCACAAAAGCCCUAGCAGAAAUCUCCCUUCGUGGGUUGACGGCCCAGCUAAAGGCCCAAGAACUAUUGGGACAACAGAAACCACAGCCCAAGUUCAUCCUCGACUGUUCACUAAAACACUAUUGUCAAAGGCGGUUGAGGACCAUGAGGUUGAGGUGGUGAUUGGAAAAGUAGAGACGGUGGAAGUGGAGAGUGGAAAAGUUAGGGCGGUGGUAUUGGAGGAUGGGAGAGAGAUUCAGGCCGAAGCAGUGGUGCUGGCUCUUGGGCCGUGGACAAGUAAAUUGUCCCUUUUGGAUUCGAUUUUUAGGGUUUAUGGGCUUAAGGCCCAUAGUGUAGUGUUACAGCCCAAAGAGCCUGAUGCUAUUACACCUCAUGCUCUUGUUUUGAGUUAUUAUUCAGCUCAGGGAGGCAAGCCCCUCAACCCUGAAGUGCAUCCUCGUUCCACAGGGGAAGUGUACUUAUGCGGAAUGUUAACUGAAGCCGAUGUCCCAGACGAUCCAGAACAGGUGGCCCCUAACCCAGAAUCGAUACGGGUGCUUAAGAGAGUGGCUAAGAACGUAUCAAGCCAUUUGGAAGAAGGGGAAGCAACAUUGAAGGCCGAGCAAGCUUGCUUUUUGCCGUGUACCGACGAUAGUGUACCGGUUAUCGGUCAAGUACCGGGAGUGAAAGGGUGUUUUGUGGCAACUGGGCAUAACGCUUGGGGGAUUCUAAAUGGUCCGGCAACCGGAGUUGCUGUGGCUGAGCUUGUGGUGGAUGGUCGUGCUAGUAUUGUUGAUCUUACUCCUUUUAAUCCAGUCAGAUUUGUUGGUGGGAAGAGGUAGAUUAGUAUGGUAUAGACUACUCCCCCGUCAUAGUUGAUUAAAUAGAUUUACAAUUUCACGUUGCUUAUAUAAGGAUUACACUUUUUCCACUAUAGAGUGGUUGAUUUUGUUAAAAUUUGCAGAGAAUGCAGCUAGUUCAACUGUAUCUCCCAGCUCAUCAGAUGAUUCCACUGAUCACCAUCUAGCUCAGCCUCUUCUCCAGCUCAGCAUGAUCACGUAGAACACACUAGAAGGAUCUAGCAGAGCUCACUAGAAGAAUCCUGAGGCAUAUGGAAGUUGGUAGUUAGUUAGGAAAAUUUCUCUUAUGUGUAAAGCAUUUAGAUGAAUAAGUUUGGUGUGCACUUGUAGCUAGUAUAAAUACAGAUAUAUGUACAGCAAUGAGAAUAAUUCUCUUCUUCAUUUUUUCUCUCCUUAACCUUCUGCACCUUGUUCUUAAGAUUUU